UGUCCGCGCGAGACGAGUAACCAGCGUGAACACACCCCUCCAAAUUGUUUUCUUCAGCAAUCAGACCUCAUUGCGUGGGGCGAGUAGAGAAACGCGCGGCAGGGACCGGAGCCGGAGGAUCGGACAGGCUUUCAUCCCUGGCUGAAAUGGCACUCAACGAGUACACUUCUAGAGCUGUGCAUCUGUAUGAUGAAUGGCUCAAAGAUGCCGACCCCAGGGUGGAUGGCUGGUUCCUCAUGUCGGGCCCGUUUCCGCAAACGGUCAUCCUGCUCUCCUACAUCUACUUCGUCAAAUCACUGGGACCCAGGUUGAUGGAGAACCGCAAGCCCUUUAACCUGAGGCCGAUCCUCAUAGUCUACAACUUCAGCUCGGUGGUGCUGUCCCUUUACAUGAGUUAUGAGUUUGUCAUGUCGGGAUGGGGGACAGGGUACAGCUUCAAAUGUGACCCCGUGGACUAUUCCCACUCUCCACAGGGUAUGAGGAUGGCUCAAACCUGCUGGCUGUACUAUUUCUCCAAGUUCACUGAACUGCUGGAUACAAUUUUCUUUGUUUUGCGCAAAAAGAACAACCAGAUCACCUUCCUCCAUGUGUACCAUCACGCCAUCAUGCCUUUCACGUGGUGGUUUGGCGUAAAGUUUGCUCCAGGCGGAAUUGGAACCUUUCAUGGGCUUCUGAACUGCAUUGUCCAUGUCAUCAUGUACACCUAUUACGGCCUAUCAGCCUUCGGACCUUCUUUCCAAAAGUACCUCUGGUGGAAGAAGCAUCUCACAUCAAUUCAGCUGAUCCAGUUCGUCAUAGUCACCUGCCACAGUAGUCAGUAUUUCUUCAUGAAGGACUGUGGCUACCAGUACCCCGUCUUCGCGUACAUCGUCGCCGUCUAUGGCAUGGUCUUUCUGCUGCUCUUCCUCAACUUCUGGUACCACGCUUACACCAAGGGCAAGAGGCUUCCCAAAGUGCUGCGGGGCAAGGGGCCGGACCCCAAUGGAAAUGGGGUGCUCCAUGACAAAGAUGAGUAGAGGCCAGACGCGUAUGGGCAUCUACACGCUGACAAUCGCUUGGAUCUCCCGAGACUCUUUGGUUAACCUGGUGAAGAACAUUGGUUUAGAAGUACCCAUGCAAUGCUGUGGUCAUUGGGGCAUUUGUCUUAUUUUGUUCUUUCACUUCACCCUCGUUAGAACAUCUUGUAAAGAGACUUUUUAUGCCAUGGUAGCAUUCUACAAGCCUUUCUUCUACAAGCAAUUUUUACAUAUCCAAUCCAAGAUAUUUUAAUGUUUUUUGUAUAUUUUGUUGUGAACUUUUUUUUUGGAUAUCCUAGCCAUCAGAGUUAAGCAGUUUAGCAUGUUAAUACAACUGAAACUGAAUGAUGCUUUUUAAAAAAAGAAAUGCUAAAUGUUUACAGAUGUUGUUGUUCUACUGCUCUUUAAUUUAUCUGACCAACUCCCAUGAUCUCUUUGUGCUCAACAUGGAAUCAAACCUGCCCACUCUUGAAUGAGGCACAUCAGGACUAGUUAGCAUCCACCCCCAUCUCUUUUAUGAAUACUCAAGGAGACCUUCCCUUGAGGUUUCCUGUUUCUCCAAAGAUGUGAUGUGGCAUCAAGAAUUAGGUAGGGGCGGUAUCUCAGGAGUUUGUACAGCUGUUCAGCCCAGCAAAGGCUCCAGAUUUGUACCAGUUGUGGUCCUCAGAACUGUAACGUCCUUGGUUUGGCUUUGGACCUCUCCCCAUGACAUGUUUACCUAGUGCCUUAUGAGGACAAAUAAGCACCGGUGUUAAAUGAUGGGAGAGCAUAAAAACUUGGCACUUCCUCUCUUAUGAAUAUUCUAGGUGAGGUGUUCUUGGUUUUCUCUGCCUAUCAGGAUGGCUCUUUUUUAUAUAUAUAUAUAACAAAUUUGAAUGUAAAAAAAAAGCAAAUGUUUUACAUAUAUUUAUAAUGUCCAAAUAAAUGCUGUUAUCACUGUA